AUGGAAGAAUCUCAUAUUCUUUUCAUACAAUUGAAUGCUCUUGCACCUUCAUCAUUUGAGCGCCACUUUAAAAAAGAACUUCCUCUUUUGUAUAGAUAUUUUCAGGAAGCUACAACUAACAAGGUCUGUUGGAAAGACGUGAUUCAUUGGAUGUGGCCUCUUUUCACUGAUAGUUGGGGAUCUUGGAGAUGUGAUGAUUUGAAUCUGAGUCCUUGCCCUUUUACGGAUCCAGUAACAGGUCUUCCCACAUGGCAUGAUAUGCCUUCAUCUCCCCUAUUAUUGUAUGGAUUUAGCAAAGAAGUUGUUGAAUGCCCUGGUUAUUGGCCUUCAAAUGUCCAGGUUUGUGGCUUCUGGUUUCUGCCUAUGGAGUGGCAGUUUUCUUGUAAGGAGUGCAGUGAAAUCUCAGCGCUUGUUUCUUCAGGGAAUCUGCAGAGAAAAGAUGAACUAUGUUCAGCUCAUAUUGAUUUACACACUUUUCUGAAGACUGUGUCAACGCCACCAAUUUUUGUUGGGCUGAGCUCUGUUGGAAGCAUGGGCUUUCUAAAAAAUCCCCAAGCAUUUCUUCAUGUACUUCAAACUGUUAUAGAGAUCACAAGUUAUAGAUUUAUCCUCUUCACAGCUGGCUUUGAAGCUUUAGAUGCAGCUGUCCGUAUGAUUGCUGCAGAAGCAUCAUCGUGUUCAAGUCAAACACAGCUCAGUGAAGAUUGCAUCUCUCUCUUUAACAGUCGGCUCUUUUGCUUCACUGGUUCCGUGCCAUACAAGUGGCUGUUUCCAAAAUGUUUGGUUGCAAUUCAUCAUGGGGGCAGUGGAACUACUGCUGCUGCAUUACAUGCAGGAAUCCCACAGGUUAGAUGUAAAUCUAAACACUUUGCUGUUUUGUUGUCACUAUUGUUAAUGUUUGUUCACAUGAUUUAG